AUGGCUGCAAGAAUUUGUGUGGUAGGUGCAGGAGCAAGUGGUCUGACCGCUACAAAAACAUGUCUUGAAAAUGGUUUACAGGUGGUAUGCUUCGAGAAAUCCUCUGAUAUUGGUGGACUGUGGCGAUAUAAACAGGAACUUUAUCCUGGUGAAGGCACAGUGAUGAAAAAUACAACAAUCAAUACUUCAAAAGAGAUGACAGCUUUUAGUGAUUUUGUCCCUCCACCUGAAAUGCCUAAUUUCAUGAGUCAUACUCAAAUUUUGGCAUAUUUUCGAUCAUAUGCCGAUCAUUUUCACUUAUUACAACACAUUAAUUUGAGACAUGAAGUGUUAAAUAUUAAAAAGGAUGAAAAAUAUGAAGAAACUGGACGAUGGAAUGUUACAUACCGUAUCAUUAACGAUGAUGUGACGCAAACUGAAAAUUUUGAUGGAGUACUGCUCUGCAAUGGCCAUCAUGCAAUACCGUAUUGGCCGGAACAGUUCCCGGGACAGAACAAAUUCCGAGGUGAAAUUAUUCAUAGCCAGGAUUAUCGUGAACCAUUCCCAUACCGUGACAAGACUGUAGUACUAAUUGGAAUUGGUAAUUCCUCUGGUGAUAUUGCAGUCGAUUUGAGUAGAAUUUCCAAGGAGGUUUAUUUAUCAACUCGUAGUGGUGCUUGGGUAGUUAGAAGAACUUGGGAUUGGAGUGAACCGAUUGAUUCUGUUUUUAUUAGUCGAUGCAUGCACAUGAUAAGAAAAAUACUACCAUCAUGGUUGGUUAAUAGAGCGUAUGAAAGGAAACUUAAUGAGUAUUUUGAUCAUGGACGAUAUGGUUUAAAACCGAAACAUCGUGCCACUGCACAACACGCUACCAUCAACGAUGAUCUGCCAGGCCGUAUCGCUUGUGGAUCUAUUAUUAUUAAGCCAAAUGUUGCUCGUUUUACUGAACACGAUGUGAUAUUCGAAGAUGGCACAACGGUGAGUAAUGUUGAUGCGGUGAUCUUUGGCACCGGUUAUUCGUUUCAAUUUUCAAUCGUUGAGGAUGGUAAUCUUAUACCUGUUACUGAUAAUGAUGUUGAUUUGUAUUUACAAAUGUAUCCACCGCAAUUAUCAUCAAAGAAUACUCUAGCUGUAAUAGGUCUCAUUCAACCAGUUGGUUCUAUAAUGCCUGUUUCUGAAAUUCAAUCUCGACUUUACUGUGAAGUAUUUAUUGGCCAUUGUAAGUUACCCGAUAAGAAUGAAAUGAAAAAAGAUAUUGAGAGAAAGAAAAUGGUGUUGGCAAAAAAAUUUGUGAAAAGUCGGCGACAUACUUUGGAGAUUGAAUAUGCGAGCUAUAUGGAUGAAUUAGCAGAAAUGUUUGGUGCGAAACCAAAUUUGCUCAAAUAUUUGUUCACUGAUCCUCGUUUGGCAUUCACUCUGUUCUUUGAUGGCAUGGCACCGUAUCAAUUUAGAUUAAAUGUUAGGGGUCCACAUGCGUGGAGUGGAGCGCGUGAUGCACUAUUAGGUAUGGCAAGACGGACAUUCGAGAAUUCCCGCACACGACGAACUCUGGAAACAAUGAAAGCAACACCAAUUAAUAACAGUUGUUCACGAGUAGAUUCUUUGAUAUAG